AGUGAGAGCGAGCAAGCAAUACUGGGAAUAUUUUUGCGCAAAAACUGAGUUUAUCAAUAAAUUGUUGUUAACAAUAGCAGUUUUUGAGCCGAGCGCGUGUGUCAGAAUAGCCUAAAGGCAAAUUCAAUGAAGUGGCCAUCGAGUGGCGCCGCCGCCGCCUGAUCAACGUUAGUGUCAGAGAGUGGCUCUCGUUGUGAAGAAAAAAGAACGUAAGCAGCAAAGAAGACAGAGCAGCAGCAACGAUAACAACAGGCCUAGUGUGUGCUGCCAACUUGUCGAGCUGCCACCCCUCUCCCCUUCAGCAACCUUUGGCAGUACAUAGUAUUAAUGCUUCUGUAUUCUAUUGAGCAUUAUUUAAAAAAUGAAGUACCAAAAGCUGCUGGGUGUAUAUAUUCUGUGAGCGAAUCUAUUUUGUGUGACGUGACGUGCGGAAUAGUGAACAUUUUUUCAACAAGUUGCCAGCACAGCGUGCAACGCGCGCACACACACACACACACACACACACACACACACACACACAACAACUUAUACACAGAGCACCCCAAAGAGAGGGAGAGCAGCAACAACAAGCGUAUUUAGUGAUGUCAUCAGAAAUCGCUGUUCCGCUUAAAACAACUUCAAGCUGGCCAAAUUGAAACGGAAACGGAAGCCAAACUGAAGCACUUGUCGGAGAGCGUAACGGUGCUGCUGAAAAUCGCUAAAAUGGACAACAGCAUCGUCGUCGAGGAGAACGGCAAUUCGGCGUCCAGCGGCAGCCUGGACCUCAUCACAGCCGCGGCGCAGGCAGCGGCCGCUGUAGCUGCCGCAACGAGCGCCGCGCAGCAGCAGUCACAGAACCCACAGAGUACAACAGCGUCAGCGGGAAACACAAAUAAUUCCGCUGGAACGGGUACCGUUCUGACCACGACGGCUAACUGCAAUUUACAAUACCCGAUGCAGCCGCUGGCGCAGCACGGCCUGCAGGUACAAUCCGUGAUACAGGCGAAUCCAUCGGGUGUCAUACAGACAGCUGCCGGCACGCAGCAGCAUCAGGCGCUAGCCGCCGCCGCCGCCACCGCCACAGCGAUGCACAAGGGAGUGGGGGCUGUGUAUGUGGCCAAGCCAGCCAACUCUACGGUGAUCCACACAACAGCAAGCAAUGCAGUGCAAGUGCGUAACAAAAUCCCUCCAACUUUUCCAUGUAAGAUCAAACCCGAACCGAACAGCCAGCACCAGGAGGACAGCGACGAGAGUUUGUCAGACGACGACUCGCAGCACCAUCGGAGCGAGCUGACACGGAGGCCAUCGUACAAUAAGAUCUUCACCGAGAUCAGUGGACCUGAUAUGAGCGGCUCCUCGCUGCAUUUGGGGUCCGAUGGGGUGCUCGGCUCUCAGCUGGCGGCAGGCGGAGCUGGCGGCAACUCGGCGAACAGUCCACUACUGCACAUGGCCCCGGACCCAGCCUACUAUUUGUCCAAUCGGAUACCCUACAACACCAACAACAGCGGCAUAGCGGAGGAUCAGACGCGCAAGCGGGAGAUCAGACUGCAGAAGAACAGGGAGGCGGCAAGGGAGUGUCGGCGCAAGAAGAAGGAGUACAUCAAGUGCCUGGAGAAUCGCGUGGCGGUGCUAGAAAACCAAAACAAAGCGCUUAUCGAGGAGCUCAAGUCGCUGAAAGAGCUCUAUUGUCAGACCAAGAACGAUUGAAUGUGGCCUUGGCUGUGGCUGUGGUCAUGGCGAUGGCGAUGGCAGCGACGGCAGCAGCCGCGGUGGCAAUAUCGACGUUCGAAGACGAGUCCCAAUGGCGAUGGCAAUAGUCGGCCGCAUAUCAUGAUUUACAUACGUAUAGUAGAAUUCUAUAUGUAAUCGUACAUAUAUACUAUAUAGUGCAAUGAUCAUGUUCUUGUUAGGACAAGUACACUGUAGCGAAGCGAACCGAACAGCCUGACAGAGCAAACAGGCGAACGGCGACAGCGACACGAGCAGGACACAAUGUAAUUAUGUUUAUAAUUUAAACUUUAAUAUUCUUUUUAUUCUUUAGUUUACGCCUUAGUUUAUUUGCUAAUUUAACGGAACUGCAGUUUACCUAUCCAUGUCCCCUGUGCUUCUACAUCCUAUCUCCCAUAUAUAUAUAUAUAGAUAUAUAUAUAUGUAUAUAUGUAUGUAUAUAUUUACAUAUAAAUGAAUAUCUCUUUCUUUAUUCUGUAAGCUGUCGUCAGGCGAUUGCCUUUCAUCGUCAUUGGUCAAUUUUGCCUUUUAUUCGUAGGCGUAGGCAUUGGUGUUUCUUCGGAAAUCCCUAUAAUAAUGGUACUCCCUCCAUACGAUGCUAAUUCGUUUUCAGAUUCUGUAGAUCGAUCAGCUGUUUGAUGUUUUUUUAAUGCAUUUUAGGCUUUAAGCGGAGAUACACCAGCGUCAUACUGUUUUUGAUAUUGCCUUUAAAAAAAAAAAAUAGAUUAACCAAUUGAUAAACAGCUGAUCGGACCAAACAGUUUUUUCGGAUAUUCUUCAGAGAAAAUUCCUUUCAGGAAGCGCAGCCCAUACGUCUCCUUCAGCAUUGGAAUUGCUCCAGUGGCGAAAACCCAUGCUCUUACGUGUGUCCAUGUGAAGCGCCCAAUUUUAAAUGAUGAAAAUAUAUUGGAAAUCCCAUCCAUGGCGGCAGCUUAUUGUACUUGCAAUUUUUUUUUCUUACUUAAUGCUAAAUACGACAAUUUGACUAGAGAAAGUGUUUAAAUUUUUUAGAGAAAUUAUGUAAACUGAUAUAAACCCCCAACACACACAACACAGGCAGAAAAAGAUAGGUAGAUAUUAAGAGAAAUAGUUCUUAGCAAAAUUGAGAACUUUCGUCUGUUUUUUUUUUUAUGUAUUUAUGUAUGUAUCUACUACUAUAAAUGUGUGUGUGGAAAGAGAAAGAGCUGAGAAAUGUAACAUUAAAAUUAAGUUUUAAUCAUUUUAGUUCUGUAAAGUACGGGGCAGAUCGAUCAAUCAAACAGUCAGUCAGUCAACGUUAAUGAAUUAUUGAGAAUUUGUUGCAUACUUUUAAACCGCUUCCCGCCGCCUCGCCCACUAGCCUCCCUAGCCAAGGCGACACCUAGAAGGAUUUUCUCUGAAAAAAACCCAUUUAUAUAUAUAUAAACCAAAUUAUAUAUACGAAAUACGUAGUUAGCGAAUAUUUGUACACUAUUUGUAUUUGUGUAUCGCACUCGGAGAGGGUGGAACGGGUGGACGGCAGAGCGGUGUCCCAUUUCCGGAUCGAGGAAUACCAUACAUAAAUACAUUAUUUACAUACUAUAAAGCAAAA